AGACUUUUAAGUCUACUGUCUAUGUCGAAUAAACUGUCACUGUCAGUUUUGGCACAAUAUUUGUUUUGUGCAUUUAUUUUUUUAUAUUUUCGUUAAAGUUAUAAUCUUAGUUACAAAAAGUAAAAAUGCUUGAUUCUGUAAAACGUGUAAUAUUAGUUCUCUCAGGUAAAGGUGGUGUUGGAAAAUCCACAGUUAGCACACAAUUGGCGCUUACUUUGAAAGAAAGAGGUUAUAAGGUUGGAUUGCUAGACAUUGACUUAUGUGGCCCUAGCGUUCCUUACUUGUUAAACUUAGAGAACCAAAAUGUACACCAGGGUCCUGAAGGAUGGAUCCCAGUGUAUUUAGAUAACGAACAAAGGCUCGGCGUGAUGUCUAUAGGCUUCUUACUAAGCUCCCGAAACGAUGCCGUAGUCUGGCGAGGACCAAAAAAGACUUCAAUGAUAAAACAGUUCUUGGAAGAUGUUUGCUGGCAGGAACUUGAUUUUCUUGUUAUUGACACCCCUCCAGGAACUUCAGAUGAACACAUCACAGUGAUGGAGAAUCUCCGUCAAGUACCACAAUGUGGUGCAAUAAUAGUGACCACUCCACAAGAAGUUGCCAUAGAGGAUGUGCGCAAGGAGAUCACAUUCUGCAAAAAAACUGGCAUACCAAUCCUUGGCAUUAUUGAAAAUAUGAGCGGAUACGAGUGUCCAAAUUGCAGUGAAUGCACAAACAUCUUCUCCAGUGGCGGCGGAAAGUCACUAGCAGAUAUAUCCAAAAUUCCUUUCAUGGGCAGUGUGCCCAUAGACCCCAGGGUCGGGAAGUUAGCUGGACAAGGUUUAGCAGCCAUCAAAGAACUGCCAGACUCAACAACCAGCAAAGUGUUCACUGAAUUAGUUAAUCAACUAGCUCUUAACCUGUGAGGCUAUAUAAUGGAGUUUCUAUAUGUAUUUAAAAAUCAUGGGACAUAUUUAUUUAUACAAUGUCUUGCUCUAUUAUCUAUGAGUUCGAAUACUUAUAAAAUUAUUUAUAAUUCGAUUGUGAUAUUCAAAAUGGUUUCGAUAACUUACUAAACAAUACAGCCAAUGUAUCUUGGCCAGUCUGAAGUUAGCCGAUUAGCUGCGCAGUACACAAUUUUGUUCCUAAAAGAUCCAGUAUUGUCCUUGCAAAAGUUGUAAAUGUUCCUCAAAUCACUAAGGACCUACAAAAGACCAGCAAUGCAUUUGUAACUUCUUUGGUUUAUUAGGUUGCCAUGCAUGGCGCCACAUUUACCAUCAGGGUAUCCGUCGUCUCAUUUCUGGACAUACUUUUAUUUAUUUAUUUAUACACUUUAUACAAAACAUGUAAAGGUGGACUUAAUGCCUUAGGCAUUGUCUAACAGUCGACCUUUGGGUGGUCGACUUUUACCCCAUAAAAACCUAGUUUUAACUUUAAAAUUACUUUGGUUGUAAUACAUGCCAAAUGUUUAUAGUAUGUAAAUCGAAACUAUUUGUAUACAGAUAAAUAUAUAAUUAUGUAUAAGAAUAACAAAAUUGGUGUCCUCAAAGAGGUAAGUACCUAGAUAUCUAAAUACCACAUCAAACAAUAAAGAAUGUAGGUAUUACCAAAAGUACAUUAGCUACAGUUAACAAAAAACUGCAAUAAACCAGUUUAGCAUGGACUCGCUUUUUAUGGUCUUUCCCCAGAUUCAACAGUCAAUUUAUACUGGUAAUACGUAGCUGCGAGUACGAACUAAAUAAACAAAAUGGCCUGACGAAUUUUGUGUGUUGUCAAAUAUCAAAUUUCUCUUAUAGAUCAGUUUGUAUGGAAGAAUAUUUCCGUUUUUAGUAUUCGAUAUAAGCAAUUUUAUACUCCUCCUUAAAAAGCUGGCAUUGCAUCUAUAACUUCGCUGGUGUUACGGGUAUCGAUGGUGGACGCUAAUCGCUUAUCGUACUAUCAGGUGAUCGUCUCCUCGGUGUGUCCCCUAUAUACCAUAUAUAAAAAAUAAGUCCAUAUUUUCUCAAGACCCAAAGUUAACUUAAUCUUUAUAACCUUUUCAGAGUUUUAACUAGAAUUAACAGCAAUUUAUUUUAUAUAUAUGUACUUAUAAGAAGAAGAUUGCAAUGUCCACUUUAAUACUGCUCAUUAUCAAGCAAUUAUAGUUUUAAGCAAAAAUGUAAUUAUAUACUAUCAUUCCAUUGAUAUUGUUGGUGUAAAUAAAUAAAAUACAUCUUGUUAAUACAA